AUGGGUGCCAGCUUCACAAAAACGCUUACUGUUACCAAGGCCAUCAACGAUCAGGCGAGCCCGCCCACUUUCCACAUCAUGGGGGGCAAGUGUCGCCACGAGCAUAUAGAAGAGUUAAACGCAGCGGACAAACCAUGCUCUCACUGUGGACAUAGUGAAUCAGUACACGAUGACGCUUCUCAGGAUAUCCUCACUAGCACUCCAGCCAACGAUACACUAGAGGAUGACUUCGACUCGCGUUUCAUAUCUCUACGUGAAGAUACUGUGGUUCAGCUACCAAAUCUCCUCGAGAAGGAGAAAGUUGUUCAUGCGAUUUCUGCUACGACGCCGAUAUUAUUAUCAGAGACACGGGUUCAGAAUUUGAAGCUGAGCUGA